UAUUCUCUAGAGUGCGUGGUAAACGAAUGUCGCCUAUAUUUGUGUAGGUGUUCCAAGUCAGUGUUCUGGGAUUUUAAAGUAAAAAUGACGUCUUUGUUAAGAAACUGUUUGAAGAUUUCACGCAGUUUUCCCGUCACAGCUCCGAAAUGUUACCCGAAUCUUCUUCCUUCGAUAAGAACGUCCACUACGGUGACUGAAAAAACAGAAACACAACCAACGAUACGUAAACGUACUCAGGUGGAGUUGGAGAAUUUAAAGAAAUUUGGUCAGUACGUUGCCGAAUGUUUACCAAAGUAUGUGCAAAUGGUGCAGAUAGCUGCCGGCGACGAGCUUGAAAUAUUAAUUGCCCCGGAUGGCCUUACUCCGACAUUGUUAUUCUUGAAAAAUCAUCAUACCGCUCAAUUUACUUGUUUGGCAGAUAUAACUGCGGUAGAUGUUCCUACACGUUUAUAUAGAUUCGAGCUUGUCUACAAUCUACUGUCGCUGAGAUACAACUCACGCGUUAGAGUAAAGACUUAUACGGAUGAAUUGACUGCCGUGGAAUCCGUAGAAAAGAUAUACGAUGCUGCCAAUUGGUACGAAAGGGAGGUGUGGGAUAUGUUUGGUGUAUUCUUCACCGGUCAUUCGGAUCUACGUAGAAUCCUUACAGAUUAUGGUUUCGAAGGACAUCCGAUGAGGAAAGAUUUUCCACUGACCGGUUACGUAGAGGUACGCUACGACGACGAGAAGAAGAGGGUGGUAUGCGAACCGCUAGAAUUGGCGCAAGAAUUUCGUAGAUUCGAAUUGUCUGCACCUUGGGAACAGUUCCCCAAUUUCCGUUCACUUCCAACAUCUUCCGAAGAUGAACCGAAAAAAAAAUAAGUCAUA